CUCUUUAACUUCGCUAGCUGGCUGCUCAUACUAAUUGUAAAAGGUUGUAUGGUCUGCUACCGACUGUUAGCAGAUGUUUAGCCUAGCUUGCUAACAUUUUAACCUGACACAGCAAAAGAGCAAACCUACACUACCUUAUAUGCAACCAGCAGCUAACACACAUAGUGACUGCUGAAAAUGUGUCAACGUGAAGGUGUGGUUGUCUUAAAAAUUCCCUCCGUGGCUAUACUGCAUGCUAAUGGUACUCUGUUAAGCUUGAGAAACCAGUCAACAGUUAGCUAGCCAGCAAGCUAACGCUGAUAGGUCUCCAGCAAAGGAGAAAAUUCCUCCUCACAACGACGACAACGCGCUUGUCAAAAAGGACAAUCGGUCAAGAAAACAAACCAUUAAAAACCGCCUGGAGGCCCGAUGGUCAGAAUGAAAGGGCUGUUUUGCAGAUUAAGUGAUUCGGAAGAAGUGAAGUUUGUUAUUCAAGAGACUGAUGUGCCCACCACCAUUGGAAACCACCAGGUCAAGGUUCAAGUAAAAGGCUGUGCUCUAAGUCCAGUGGAUACUAAGCUUUACAAUGACUUGAAGUUGCAGAGGGACACAGCUCCAGUAGGGAGAGAGAUUGUGGGGACUGUUCGUCAAGUUGGACCCAAGGUGACUUUUUUCCAACCUGAUGAUGAGGUUGUUGGUAUUCUUCCAUUGGAUACUGAGGUGUCUGGCUUAUGCAGCACCAUCCUCAUUCAUGAACAGUUACUAGUCCCAAAGCCUGAGAAAGUGAGUUGGGUGUCCGCUGCGGGGGCCGUCCGUGAUGGCCUCAGGGCAUACACGGCUCUUCAUACUCUGGCCCAUAUGGCUGUGGGUCAGAUACUGCUGGUUCUGGAUGGAGCCAGUCCAUUUGGUGUUCUAGCGAUUCAGUUGGCCCAUUACCAUGGGAUAAAGGUCCUGGCAACAGCCCAUUCCCCAGACGACCUGAAGUUUCUGGAGCAGUUGCGGCCUAGUGUGGGCACAAGGGAGUCUCUGCUGGCUCGCGUGAUUGGUGUGUGGGAUGCCAAGGUGGAUCUGGUGGAGUGUUGCCUUGAAGAGACUGGGGGUUUGGGAGUGGACAUAGUCAUUGAUGCUGGAGUGAAGCUUUAUGAUGAGGAACCAGAAUCACAACAGAAACAGCAACUUCCCCACAAGCACGAGAUCAUCACCUUGUUAGGAGUUGGAGGCCACUGGGUGACCAUGGAGAACAACCUGCAGCUGGACCCUCCAGACACCCACAGUCUCUUCUUGAAGGCCGCAUCUUUGUCCUUCCUGAACGACGAGGUGUGGACAGCCUCUGCUGCUCGCGAGGGACGAUACCUCCACAUCCUGAGAGAUGUGAUGGAAAAGCUUUCAACUGGAACAUUCAGACCUUUAGUGGAGGAGCCUGUGCCUUUGUAUGAGGCAACUGUAUCCAUGGAGAUGGUUCAGAAGAAGCAGGUGAGGAAGAGAGUAGUGGUCCAGCUAUGAAGAACAACACUUCCCAGCAUUCCUGAGAAACAAUUUUUCCCCUGCAUAUAAAUCAUGUCUUUAAUGGACAGUCGUUUUUCUUUAAACAUAAUGUUUCCAUUUAUUUGACAGAUGCUGUCAAUUAAUGUACUGUGAAAAUGUUUUUUGCUACAUUUAUUUUAUGUAACAUUGUAAUGUUAAAACACUUUGAUGAAAUUAAAAUUGUUUUCAAAAUGUAAA